GCACCCACGAGAGGCACUUCAAUUCGCUGUUGUAAGGGAUAAGGCUCGAACAAUCAUCGAAACGUGGUGAAUUUGGGAACAAACUCGCUUGUGUUGUUGGACUUACAAUUGUCGCAGAUCGUCGCCAUUCGUAUUUUUUCACCUCAACAUUGUGUGGUUCUGAAAUCCGAAGAGAUGAAGGCCAUUAGUCCUAUUCGAUCUGUGAGGAGCUGUUACGAGGCUGUCUGCUGCAUUUCGGAGCAAAGUCUCACCAUCUCCAGGAGUAAGACACCCACGGAGGAGCCUGCUUUGUGUGAUAUGAAUGACUGCUACUCCAAGCUCAAGGAGCUGGUACCGAGCAUACCCCAGAACAAAUCUGUCAGUCAAGUGGAGAUUUUGCAGCACGUCAUUGACUACAUAUUUGACCUACAGAUCGCUCUCCAGGAGGAGAGUUCGGCAAAAGAUGCGCCCGACAUGAUCCUUUCAUUGAAGUCGUCAGAAAUUGCCUGCAAAUUUUCCAAAGAAGAUGGAGGAGUAUGCCACUAGAGGAGGACCCUGGCAUUCUAAACGUGUGACUGAGCUGUGUCUCUUUCAUUUGGCCUGGAGGACCGCUUGAGGGGUGAGGCUGUGUAGGAAAAUGGACGCCUGAUGGAAGUUUCCCCUGUCGUCACGUCUUUGCUCACUAACUGGACCCCAGAAGACACCAAAGCGCAGCAUCAACGUUAUCGGGGAUCCUUUCACUGAUUGUAGCCCUUUACAAUCAGACGGGAUUUCGUCUCGUAACAUUCCAACAUUCCAAUCAAACAUUACAGGACUUGCUGUCAUGCUUUCCUACUUUAAAAACAAACAAAAAGCCUUCGUCCCCCUUGAACCUCUGUUUAUGAAGGGAGCAUAUGGUCCUUUUCUGUGUACAUAUGAUGUUAUUGUUUGUGAAUGGAUUGGGGUGGGAAUAUUUCAGUUUCUAGGAGGGAGGGUUCGAGGAAAUGAUUCAAACUCAAUAUUACAGAGUUAUUUGUAAGUGUUUGUAGGGAUGGUUCUUUCUACAGACUUUCAAAUUGCUGAGUUUUAUAAACUUUUUAUAAAAGUGUGCUUUGUAUGUAACAUGUUUUUUUACACAACAAAAAAUAAAACAAGCAAAACAAA